UACACGCUCCUUUCUUGCGACAACAACAACAACCUGCACUUCGCAUAACCAACCACACCUCACGCAUCGACUUUCAAUUUAAUAAACUAAUCCCGAUCAACAUAAAACAAUAAUCUACGGAUCCCGAUCCUUACCAGACAAGAUGAUUAUUCCUAUUCGCUGCUUUUCCUGCGGAAAGGUGACUGGCGAUCUUUGGGAACGCUACCUCAAGCUGAUCGAUGAGGGCAGUGCUGAUGGAGAUGCCAUGGACACCCUAGGUCUUAAACGCUACUGCUGUCGUCGCAUGAUCAUGACUCACGUUGAUCUCAUUGAAAAGCUACUCAAGUACACACCGGACGGACGUAACGAGAAGAAGAUCCAGCUUCAGCAACGAUAGAUGAAAUAAUCAAACUUGGAUGCUCAUACGAGUGGCGUUGAUAUGUUUUGGUGGCGAUGAUUAGCACAAAAUUGCAUUCUCGGGCGUUAGGUUGGUACUUUGAGGAAGGCGUCUUGAGUCAUCGCAAUGAUUGAGCUAGAGUACGAUGUGAACAGUCUGCUUUAGAAGAAUGCCAUGCCAUUUGUACAAAUGAAUUCAUGGAUCCCACCUACUUCGAACACGGGCAAAGCAGUUGGAUGUCUCGUGCGGCUGAAAAGGCAAAAGAAGAUCAGUUAUAAUUUGAAUCCAUGACCUACGGAAAUCCUAGCCGAGUUUGCUGGAUAUCGGG